GUUCAGCUCCGCCCAGCUCCGCAUCCUUCUCCCAAAUCGCCCACCCGGUCCCUCCUUCCCCGGGUCCCCCUUCCUUGCGAGCCGUUCCUGCAACGACCCCCUGCGAUUCGGCAAGAAAAGGACAAGGGCGUCCGUUUGGAGCAGCUGCAAGAUCCUCCGGUCAGUUUCCUGGUCAAUUUCCUGGCUCCCUUUUGGGAUCCCCAGUUUCUUCCCCCGGACAAGUUUGGCGAAAGGGAGGCGGGGCGCCGGGAAAGAGCUCCCAGUUGCCUUUAAUUCCCCCCCCCCCCUUUGGGGUGGGGGAAGGAAGUUCCUUAAGGUAUGGCAACUCCCCGGCACGUUUGAGAAACCCCACAACUCUAGGGCACGGCUGUGCGUUUGAAUCCACGUUUCUUCUUUGCAGCGCAAGAGGAGGAGGGGGGGUGGUGGUGGUGAAGUUUUGAAAAAAGUUUCUGCUUUCCGCUUCACGUACCUGGUGGCGAGCGAGAAGGAAGAGAAGGAGGAAGCCGAGAUCUUUUGGUAAGAAGCAGUCCCAGCGAGUUCCUUUCCUUGUAGAGGAAGCUCUGAAUAUUUCCAGCCGAACACACCUUUCCAAAGAACGCCAAGGGCUGUUCCCCUGCACCCUUUUGUUGUCGAGGGACUAUGAAGGCUACAAGCUGCUCUGGGCCGGGACAGAGAAGAGAGACGCAGUUUUCCCCGUCCGGAAGAAUGUAGAGAUUUGCGGAGAGGACUGAGCGCUGUUGCUUUGGACCAGAUGCUGUAGAGGCCCAGGAAACGGUCCAGGAAAUCUUGUGGCUGGAGGACCCGGUGAUGGGGACCGGGCUCUGUACCAGGAGGCAGAAAGGCCUGCUCCAAACUGGGUUUUGCCUGGUGGCGCUCGCCUUCCUGGGUUCCGGCGCAUUCCUGUACAACCAUCUUCAGCAGAAAGUGACGGCGGCCGAGGUUCUAUCUUCGAAAUACAAGCAGCAGCAAGAGACGCUGUCUGCUCAGCUCCAAGUGGUUUAUGAGCAUAGAUCACGGCUAGAACGAUCCUUGCAGAAGGAGCGAGGGGAACACAAGAAGACAAAAGAAGAUUUUUUAGUGUACAAGCUGGAAGCUCAGGAAGCCCUGAACAAAGAAAAGCAAGAUUCCAUGAACAGAUAUGGUGCUCUGAGCUCCCAGCAUAAGAUAUUGAAGAACCAGCACGAAGACGUUAAGAAGCAGCUCCUGGAUUUGCAGCUGCAACACAAUGGGCUGAAACUGGAGCAUCGGAAGGCGCUGGAAACCCACAGCCAAAAAUAUUCACAGCUGCAACGGGAGAAAGAAGUGGAAGUUGUUGCUUUGCAGGAUACGGUCUACAAGCUACGGGAAGAGAGCAAACUGCUUCGGAAAGCUCACCAGGAUGUCCACUCGCAGCUUCUCAGUGCUCAGGCCCAAAUGGACGAGUUCAGACAGCUCAAAGAGACGCUUCAAAAGAUGCCAAGUUUUAAGGAGGCGGGAGCAGUCAACGGGCAGCCUCCGCCAAUCCUGUACGAGCGGCCCCAAGGGCCCGCCCAGGGCCUGUUGCAGCUUGCCGGAGACAAGGCCUCCACAGGCAAUGAGGAACAGCCACCCCUGAGUCCCCUUGGACAGGCUGCGGCUCACAGGGAGAGCUCCCUUGUAGCUCCGGCUCCAGAUACCAAACGCCAGCAAGACGAGAACCUUCCUCGAGGCCAAGUUUCUCGAAGUAACGAUAGACCUGGGCCUCAAGACAAUGCGCCCCUUGGCCAGCUGGCACCCCCGCAUGAACCUCGCCUGCCUCUUGCAGCUUGGCCUCCGCCAGGACAAAAGGAGGGCCACGUCAUCCGUUUCACAAGGAUGGUGAACAGUGUGCAGAGCAUGAGCCAGGAUCAAAAGGCUUUGAAGAUCAUGCCGGAAGAAAGUGAGAAAAAUGCCAAUUCUCCCAGGAUCGAGCAUGGCGAGAAAGCAGAGGCUUCAAAGAAAGACCCCUCCAUGGGAAAGGAGCGUGAACCCCGGGUGCAGAGUUGGCAAGACAUAGUGAACAAAGUGAACGCCCAGAUGGAUGAUGAACAGGUGCCCCGGCAAAGCCUUCUCCAUCUGCCUGCCAGAGCCGAGCAAGCGCUGUCGAACCGCAAUCGAAUGCUGAGCGCCCAGCAGCAAGGGGCCGGACGGCAACAACCGCGAGCCGCUUGGGACGCAGGGAAAGGAGGGACAGAUGAAGAGGAGCUUCAAAUGGAUGCUGGUAUGAUCGAGAGAGAAGAGAACCCUCGGAAGGAAUCGGUGAUCCAGGAACCUAUGGUGCCAGACAACGUUGCAGACCCUGCCCAGGACCCCAAUAAUCAAGGAGAAGAUGAGUUUGAAGAGGCCGAGCUGGAGCGGCCCGACUUUGAAGAGAAAGCGGGCCAAGCCGGCCAACUUGGCCAUACUGACCAGCCAGCUAAAGAUGCCACAAAAGAGAAGUUCCAAAAGGAUGCUGCCGGACUGAGAAAGGCUGCAGACGAUCCAGCGGACGAUUAUCAAGAAGACCAGGAGCAAGACCUGGAGGACCACGGAGGUGAGGUGGAAGAUGCUGACGACCUGGAGCCGGUCCGAGGAGCCAAAGGCCACGCAGAAGGAGUCGGCAAGAAAGAUGAUUACUAUUGAGGAUUUUGGCAGCCUGGGGGAGAUCAGAGAAGAAGCUGGAAGGGGGACCCGGCCUGGAGCUUGUGGCGAGGGAACGGGGCUUGUGGCUUGAGCCUCGACCCCAGAUGGCCCGCACUGCUAGAAGAUAACACUGAAAACGCAAACACAGAAGUCUCUGUGUAUCCAGAUAGUGAGUCCAGGUUGGCCUAUAAGACAGGUGAACUCUCUGAAUAGUAGACUUUCCCUCCCUCCCUCCCUCUCUUUCUGUGAUUUCUUGAGGGAGGGGGGGAAAUCAAGAUUUCUCUUUGGAGGAUUGCCCCCUCCCUGUUUCAGAGUUAUUUUCUAAGAUUUGAGAUGGGGAGGGGAGGAGACGCCAACUUUUGCGCGACUCCAUUAUCCUCGGCCUGCUUGCGUCGGCCUGUUUCCUGUAGUCCUGGACUCGCUCAGGCGCUCUUUAAUUCAAGGUCUAUCUUUAUAUAUAAAAACAAAUUCUUUUGGUACCAA